AUGCUUUCUAGCACUCGACCUGGAUCUUCAAACUCUCAAGCUUUUUUUGUCCUUCCGAUUUGUCAGCUCAUGGAUUCCUGCUCUUUGCUUUGUGGCACGGAGAGCGAGAACGACAGCAGCGAGGAAGUACGAGAGCCACUGGAGCAGCAGCCAGUGAGCUCACUUUCACUACCCGAGCGUGUCCAGCAGGUGGUUUCUGCCAAGCAAGAGGGCACACCAUCUGACGAGUACCAGCGGGCCAUCAACUGCUUUGGAGUUGAGUUUCACAAAGCGCGAGGUUUGGCAGGUGAGCUUCCGGAGGUGCAUCGCAGCAAGAUCAUUUUACUUAACAUUUCAAAGUUGUACGUCGAGGCCGUGGAUAUCGUCACGGGGAAAUUCGACGCGCAGAUCAGCCUUCGCUUCGUCCGCAGGUUCGAUGAUGAAACCGGUCCACCUCCACCUGAAGCCCAAGAGGACAUUGCUGCAGAUAAGAUUCCUGACUUGCUUGCAGAGAUCUACGGUGUCACUCUGAAUUGGGAUUUGCACCAAGCAUGCGUUGUAGAGUACUUAUCUGCACGCCUUUAUGGAGGCCCUGAAGGACAAUGCGAUGUCAUGCUCCGCGGCACAUUUCAGGACACUAACGACUUAGAGCUCUUCCCGUUCGACAUUCAGGAUUUCAACGUCAUCUUUGAGGUGCGCCUUCUGGCGACAGCACAGGACUUUCACCUGAUCUUGGUUGGGGAUGUUCAUGCAGACCAGACCAUGCCAGACUACACUUUUUACCGGCCAGUUGCGAUGAUGCAUGCCAGGAAGUGGCGAUACCGCAAAGUCUUUGUCACAACAUGUGCAUUGCGGAAUUAUGGCCAUUAUAUAAUGAACUACUAUUUACAACUUUGCGUUCUGACAAGUGCAUUUCCCCUGGUGAGCGCGAUAGACCCGCGUGAGGGGUUGGCAGACCGGCUGAGCUUCCUCGUGACACUCAUCCUUGCCACUGCAGCACUUCAGAUUACAAUGAACGCGAACCUGCCAUGCAUCCCAUAUGCAACGAUGCUGACACGAUACACCACCUUGUCUUUCACCGUCAUGUCCAUGUCCAUGUUCCUCUGCGUCUUGACUUCACACAUGCCGUGGUGGUGGGAUACAGCCACCUUCGGGGGCUUAUUUGUCUUCUGGAUAGGCUACAAUUUGAACCACUUCCUCACUGCGCGACGCACGGUUUGGGAGGCCAGGCGAUUAUUGGGGAGCCCGGCUGAGACGCUUACGGUGGGGAGCAAAGAACUGGAGACUGGUGCAGCUAUGAUGGACGCCUUAGACCCCCUACUCCGAGACAUACUGCAGCUGCGGCAGAAGCGAAGCAAGGGGUGA